GAAUGCAGUGCCAAAGUCACUGAAAACAGUGCCAACGUCACUAGAGCUCAUACCAAGACCAUCAUUGGAGCCCGCUUCAAUGAGAAGCAAAAUUAAUGUCCAAUUAAAUAAAAGUACCCUUAUUCGUCGAACCCUUUCUACUACUGAAGUGACGGCAGAGACUAUUAUUACCAAUUCCGUUACACCAUCGGUAGUUGAUAAUGAAAACGAAAGAGCCUCACAAAACGGGAAGUGUAAUAAUUGCUGUGGUGGUCAUAAUAUUGAAGAAUCCAAAAUCUUGAAAUCAAUUUUGAGCAAUGUAAUUGCUGUGAAAAAAAUGUUGGAAUAUCAAGAAAAAGAAAACCAAAGGACUCUAAAUAACAAACACAAUGAAACUGUUGUGACAAAUUUUGAUUUGGUUCUGGGAAAAGCGUUCUCAAAAUUUAGAAAACUGCAAAAGUUUGAUGAAAAACUACGGACUGACGAGAACGCACGUUGUCAAAAUGAAGCUGCUUUGUUUUUACUUGGAGGUGCCACCCCAAAGGAACUGAUAAGAAGGGGCUUAAAAAAUAUUUUUUCUGAUAAAUUAGCUAUGAAGUGUAGCUGGACUGGAAGGAAGAACAAUUUUGUCUUAAGCCAGCUCAAAAUUCUGGAUAUCCUGAAGGUGGCAGUACGGAGAAAAUUUGGUGCCUUCACAGACUCUGAAUUUCAGUCAGAGCUGGGUCUCUGGUUUCGACAGGCAAAACUCAGAUUUGACAGGUCCAGACAAAAAGAAAGACAGGAUGAAAACAUUAAUGAAGAUUUACAGUAAUGCGGGAUUUACCUAAAUGUGGUGAUAUAUCUGUGCAUAAUAUAAUCGUUAGUAUAUACCUAAGUAUUUAAAAUACAGAAAUUUCUUUUAAGUUUUUUUUUGUCGCCUCAGAAGGAGUGUUAUGUUAUAAUAUGAUUUAUUGAGAAGUUAUACGUUUUUUCAAGUUUUUUUUUGUGUUUGUAUCUUUUGAGAAAUAAUCAAAUAAAAGGUGUUAUUUUUAUAUUA